UAGAUGUUAUGGUGACUUGGGAUAGUGUCUUCUCUGGGAAUGCUGGGGCAUCUCCUGCUUUAAAGCACUUUUGAGAACUUGAUAGGGCCUGUAGGUGCCACCUUUGGGACUCCAAUUUGCCAUGUUGCAGUUCAUUUCUCUGUGUUAAUUGUCAGCUGUCAGUCACUUCCAUGUACCUGUCAAAACCUUGUUAUAACAGGCUCAUCUAGCAGCUACAAAACAGAAGCAGCUGGUGAAGGAUGGUUCAGGGAGCUGCACACACCUGUGACACAAACAGAGCAUUCCAUUCAGGCUUGUCAGUUUUAUUUACCUGGCAUCAUGAGAACCAGCGUUUCAAUGAAAGUGGCAAAAUAGAAAUUCCAGUGGCUUGCUGUAUUAUUCUCUGUUCAAUUUUAGUUUCUCUUCUGGGAAUUCACAUAGUCUCCUCUUGAGGGUUAUCUGCCUUGAUAGCUUUGUGUAGUGAAUCUCUUCUCUUUUCCUGUUGUUGGAAAAACCUUUCUGGUACUGCACAGCUGUCAGCACAAUAGAGCCACAGGAAUUUUUUUUUUUCCUUAUGGGAGCAAUAACAGUAAUUUAUUUGGAGAUUUUUUUGUUGUUCCCUACAGUCAUUCACCACUGAAAAAAGACUCCUGUGCUGGAGUAGAGUAGAGCUGCACAUGGUAUUUCACUCCCAGGAGCACACCCUGACAGAGAGAGGCCAUUGAGAAUUUUCUGUAAUGUACAGUCCCUGUAAGACAGACAAGCACCCAACUCCCUGCCUUGUUCAAAUUCAUCGUAAAUCGUAAAUAUUCAAAUCGUAAAUGUUCAAAUUCAUUGUAAAUAAUGGAGCCACUUUUUCCUGCUGGGAUUUGAAGUUGGUGUUAUUUCUUAGGCCAGCCUGCUGCAGAAAUGCAGGAUGCCAAGGGAAUGAAGGGAAUGGAGAAAUUCCCACAUUUGCCUGAUUGUGUGAUUACUGUAGGCUCAGCUGCACUCAUUGCUGAUGGAGAGCUCUUUGGGGUGGGGUGAGAGGGGAGAACCCUUUCUGGGUUUGCUGUAGUUAAGAACACAUUUCAGCAUGCUGCAUCUAGAGCUUGUGGCUGUCCCCUGCAACUCAGCCCAGUUUGGUUUGAGCUAGUCAGGAGAGGUUCUUAGAUACUCUUAGAUACAUCAAAAUUAACUUCAUGACGUUGGGAUUGGUUUAUUUUUUCAAGACAAGAGAUUGUAAGAGCUCUGCAGAAAAGUCUUUACUUGCCUUGCUUGACAAUCUUGCUGCAGUGGUCAGGUUGUGUGACCAGGAGUGGCAAGGGCCUCUGUGUAGCCUAGGAACAGCUCAUUUCCCUGUGGGACACCAGUGUUUCACUUUGACUGAUGUUCCCAUUGUAGCUCUGCUCCAGGCACUCCUCUGCAAUCUGUGCUCGGAAGGAUCAGUGCUGCUCCUUUGGCCACUAUUUCCUGCAGUUAAGGCUCCUUAGCUGGUGUUUUCUGCCUGGAGGGAGCUAUGGAGUGUGACUUGUGGAAGGAGCACAGAUAACAAGCACCCAUCUGUUCUUCUUUUCCAUCCCUUCGGGAUGUCCGGGUGUCCCUGGUUAGAAUUCUUCUCUGGAUAAGAUACUGGAGGUGUCACUGCAGGGCAGUCAGGGCAGAAAACAAUAGCAGGUCAAGUCCAAAAAACAAGAUUGAUCAGUGAGUAUAUCCCUGCUGUCAGUAAGGGGCAGAGCUGCUCUGGGGAGGUCAAGGCUGGAGCUGUAGCCAUGUCCCUUCAGCUUCUUCCUCUGAUAAACUUGCUCUUCUGGAAGCCUGGAGUCAGAAGCUCCACUGAGAGGGAGGCUGCAAGAGGCACAGCCUGUACAAGGACUUCGAAGCCUCUGUCCCUUGAGUGGUGGCUCUUCCUUGGCUCAGUGGGAUGUUCCAGUACUUGUUUUUCUGUAUCUACUUUGUCAUUCAGCUCCAGCCAGUGUCUUCGAUGGCCCUGGACCCCUGCUCUGCCUACAUCAGCCUGAACGAGCCCUGGAGGAACACGGAGCACCGCAUCAACGGCUCGCACGGGCAGCCCACGUGCGACAGCGGCAUCGACGGCGAGUGGUACCGCUUCACGGGCAUGGCGGGCGACGCCAUGCCCACCUUCUGCAUCCCCGAGAACCACUGCGGCACCCACGCUCCCGUCUGGAUGAACGGCAGCCACCCGCGCCCGGCCGACGGCAUCGUGCGGCGCCAGGCCUGCGCCAGCUUCAGCGGCAACUGCUGCCUCUGGAACACCACCAUCGAGGUCAAGGCCUGCCCGGGGGGGUACUACGUGUACCACCUCACCAAGCCCAGCGUCUGCUUCCACGCCUACUGCGGGCAUUUUUAUGACAUCUGUGAUGUGGUGGAUUGCCAGGACUCCUGCCUGGACACCGGUGACUGCACGUGUUCCCCGGGUACGACACUCGGACCUGAUGGCCAGACAUGCCUUGAUGAAAAUGAGUGUGAGCAGAACAACGGGGGCUGCAGUGAGUUCUGUGUUAACCUGAAGAAUUCCUUCCGCUGUGAGUGCGGGGUCGGGCGCACGCUGGGAAGUGAUGGCAAAACCUGUGAAGAAAUUGAAGGCUGUCACAAUAACAAUGGAGGCUGCAGCCAUACCUGCAUUGAAGUGGAAGGCACCUACCAGUGUGAAUGUCCAAGGGGACUUGUGCUGUCAGAAGACAACCACACUUGCCAGGUUCCAGUGCUGUGCAAGUCCAGCUCUAUUGAGGUGAACAUCCCAAAGGACCUGGUUGGAGGCCUGGACCUUUCCCUCAUCAACACUUCGUGCAAAGGCGUGUCCAAUGGCACUCAUGUCAACAUCCAUUUCUCCCUGAAGUCCUGUGGAACCGUUGUAGAUGUAAUCAAUGACAAAAUCAUUGCCACCAACCUGGUGACUGGCUUGCCCAAGCAGACGCCGGGGAGCAACGGGGACAUCAUUGUGCGCACCAGCAAGCUGCUGAUCCCGGUGACCUGCGAGUUCCCACGCCGCUACACCAUCUCCGAGGGCUACGUGCCCAACCUCAAGAACUCUCCCUUGGAAAUCAUGAGCCGUAACCAGGGCGUCUUCCCUUUCACCCUGGAGAUCUUCAAGGACAAAGACUUUGAUGAGCCCUACAGAGGUGAUCUUCCCACCCUCAAGCUUCGGGACUCCCUGUACUUUGGGAUUGAGCCCUUGGUGCACAUUAGUGGACUGGAGACACUGGUGGAGAGCUGCUUUGCCACUCCCACCUCCAAAAUUGAUGAGAUCCUGAAGUACUACCUGAUUCAAGAUGGCUGUGUUUCUGAUGAUUCCGUGAAGCAGUACACGUCAAAGGACCAUCUUGCCAAGCACUUCCAGGUUCCUGUGUUCAAGUUUGUGGGCAAAGACAACAAGGAGGUGUUCCUGCACUGCCGCAUCCUGGUGUGCGGGGCGCUGGACGAGACCUCGCGCUGCGCCCAGGGCUGCCGGAGACGCGUGCGCAGGUCGGCUGAGCAGCGGGAGGAGCAGCAGGACAAGGAAUCUGUUCACGUGGCAAACCACCUCCUGACAGGCGGCCCCAUCAGGAUCGACUUUGAUGACUGACACCCACCCUCUGGAACAGCAUCCCUGGCCUUCCUUAUCACUGCCUUCUGUUGCGGUUGUUUGAGAAAUCAGAGCUGCAGCUGCUGUGAUCCUUACCCUUGCUGGGUUCCUCCCAUGCUGGUGACCCCCCACGGUCACCCUUCAGCUGCAGCUGUGCCAGAAGAGCCCCAGGGACCCAGGUUCCUGAUGAUGGGAAUUAAGCACAAGCUCCACUGCUCUGCAGGGUGAAGUCCAGGGAUGCCUGUGGUGUACAGACCCCAGAGGUUUUGGUCAUGGAAGAGGCCAGCCUGACCUUCCCACAUAUUUGCCACUCCUGGAAAAGAGACCCUCAACAGCUGAUCCUGCUUUCAGCCCAGCAUUAUCUGCCCUCCCCGCUUGCAGCCCUUUAGUGCUGAGUGCUCCCAGUGGAGACACAAGUUUAGUGUAGAACAGGAAUUUGGGGCAGGAGCAGCUCCUGCACCUGCCCAGUGAG